UUGAGAACCUUCACUCAACAACAAAAGGUGAUACGCAUUCAAUCUACAGAUUAAAGCAUUACCAGCAAAAUAUUGAGACUUCAAAGUUCAUAAUUGAAUAAUUGGAGAAUAAAUAAUAAGUGAAAACAUGGGAAAAAUAAAAUCCAUACUUUCCAUCACGACAUUCUUAUUAAUAGGAUCCUCAACUAUUUUGGGACAACAAGAAGACCCUGCCGUGACCAGAUUUAGAGAAUAUCUUAGAAUUAAUUCCGCACACCCAAUUCCAGAUUAUGACAGCUGCAUUGCCUGGUUGAGAAACCAAGCUCUGGAAAUUGGCCUCUCCUUCAAUGUGGAAUACUACGAUCCUCCAGAACAUUCGUUCUCGGUUUGGAUGACCUGGAACGGAACUAACCCUCAGCUAAAGUCCAUCCUUAUCGAUUCGCAUAUGGACGUGGUCGCCGUGGACGAGAGCCAGUGGGAUCAUGCUCCGUUUGAAGCGUUCAAGGACGCAGAGGGGAACAUUUUUGCGAGAGGUGCCGUUGAUAUGAAAUCCACCACUGUGGCAGUUUUGGAAUCUGUUCGGAGGUUAAAAGCGUCAGGGUUCAAUCCAUUGAGAACGAUUCAUAUCAUGAUUUUACCAGACGAAGAAUUGUACAGCCGAGGAGUGAAAGGCUUCGUGAACUCUACAACUUUCACCGCUAUGAAUAUUGGGUUUGCACUGGACGAAGCAGUAUCAAAUCCAGCCGAUGAGGAUAAUCUUCUUGUCACCUAUACAGAAAAAUCUGUUUGGCAGUUCAACUACACCGUUUAUGGAACUUCCAUGCAUGCUUCUACAUUGCCGGAAAUUACUGCUGGCCAAAAGUUGCAAGUAGUUAUUGAUCGUCUCCUCGAAUUUAGAGCGUCUCAACUUGACCUUCUUCAACAGCCAGGAGUUACAUUACAAAAUUUGACGACCCUUAAUUUAGUGCAAGUCGGGGGGGGACUUGGAAAUAAUAUAAUUCCUCCAGAACUCUGGGUGUCCUUCGAUAUGCGCAUCGUAAUAAAACCUGGAUGGAAUUUUUCUGAUAUAGAAAAUAUGCUGGAUAAUAUCGCUGCAGAAUCAGGCAACGACACUGUGAUCACAUAUCUUGUAAAAACAAUGGAUUAUGGAUUAACCCCAACAGACAAUUCUAAUAUUUGGUGGGUUACGUUGGAAAAUACAUGUGCACAAUUAAAUGUUAACUGUACUCCAAACAUUCCAAAUGGUGUAACGGAUGGGAGAUAUAUACGAAAUAUGGGAAUCCCAGUGUUCGGACUGAAUACUUUCACCCGAACCCCAUCAAUGGCACAUCAGACUAACGAAAGGAUCAAUGAAAAUGUUUUACUAACUGGAAUCACAAGAUUUACAAGAUUCAUUCAAAAUUUUGCAAUGGUGUCCGAAAUUUUACAUCCUUAGAAAAAUAUGUACUGUUGAUAUGACCAUAAUAAAAUGUUAAUUUGAAGUAGUGGUUCUAGAUAAA